AUGGCAGCCACCUUCGCCCGCCAUCACAACUUCGACCAAGUCCCCACGUACAAUCACGGUAACGCCAUCGCGAACCAACAGCCACCUUACGAUGCCUAUGCCGCGUCGCAUCAUCAUGUCGCAGCCCGCCACAGCAACAUGGCAGCCUAUUGCGAGCCCACGACCGGCAACCCCCAACAUGCUGCCAGCAUGAACGACCACGGGCAACAGCACGAUCACAGCUACUCCCCAGACGACACGUCUGGAAAGCGCGAGAGCUUUCAGCAUGGCUUAGCCGGCCAACAUCACGACUACAGGAUCCACAGCCCUACGUCCGAAGCAUCUUACAUUGGCAUCCAGCACAAUUCGGCACAAGCACCCCUAGACAAUGACGCGUCCGACCGUCAGUUCGCUAUGCUCCCGCCUUCCAACUCGAUACACCCUUCGUGGCAAUCCCUCCACGAUUACGCGCAGUCGCACGCCGCGGAAAACGGGUAUGCGCUAUCUAUCAAUACGACGGCUAAGAACAGGUCGCGCAUCAAACUCGCCUGCGUCUGCUAUGGCCAGCCGAAGAAUACCCACAAACUUACGGCCGAGACGAGGGUCAGGAAGAACAGGGUCAGCUAUAAGACAGGAUGCAAGAUGUGGAUCGAGGGCAAGAAACAGGACGACGGCACGUGGCUAUUGCGCGUCGGCGAACCACAACACAACCACCCUGGGCGCGAGAGUGCUGGAUGGGCUGUACAACGCAAGAGAACGUGGGGCGUAGUAGGAGGGCGCAUCGGGGUGGGAGGCGUCACAGCGAAGGAGGAACUCGCCAAGUCGAGCCUGACGCAAAAUCAGGAAACCCUCGAAGACGUGGAUGCGGAAGCCGACGGCGACGAAGACAUACCCAGCGCAUCUACACAGGCACCGAAGAAGCCACAACACAGCCUCGAGCGUGGAGGUCUCGUGUGGAGAAUCGUUGAACAAGAAAUGCUACGAAAGGGCGAACCCAACCAGGGACGCGACCGAGGGGUUGGAAGAACAGUCGAAGUGCUACAAGCAAGACUACCGGGUAUACACAUCUUUAAGCGUGACGUUUACAACAUACGAGCGCAGAUCAAGAGAGCCCGGAAGGCAGCAGGCCAACAAGUCGGCGACGGCCUCAACAGCUCAGACGAUGAGGCCGAAGCCGAUGCCGAAGUCGACAUCCACGACACCGCACAACUCAGCGCUGACACCAGCACAAACCAUCCGACUCAAAGACCCGCUCCACACCCACAGAACACAUACCAACACCCCACCUCUCACACCCUCAAACCGCCCGCGCCCUUCCCACUCGUCCGAAAAGAUUCACGCAUCGACCCCUUACUGGACAGUCGCGGACCGCCGCCACCGAAUCCUCCCGAGGCCGUCGAUAUAGAAGUCGACCAGUUGAGGCGGGAGAAUGCAGAACUAAGACGCAUGUUGACGGAACGGACGAAGCAGGUCAAGGAGAAGACUACUGAGUUAGCGGAGCGGGCAAAGGAGAUCAAGGAUAAGACUACGGAGAUGGCGGCGCUGAAGAGUCAGGUGGAGCUGUUGAGUAAUAUGAUGAUGACGAGUGGGAGGGGGUUGAUUGGGGGUUAG